AUGGCGGGUCUCAGUGACCGUCUAAGCGGCACAUGGCUGAUUGUCUGCAUCACGGUCGUCAACGCCGCAUCCAUGUCUUGGUUCGGCUAUGAUCAAGGUGUCUUCUCAGGUGUCUUGAUCUCUGCUGACUUCAAGAAAUGGUUCCCCGAGACGAAUAAAGCGAAUAUCUCGGGCAUCACAUCAAGUUGCUUCUCUCUCGGUGCUUUCUUUGGGGCAAUCACUGCCUUUACUUUCGGAGACAGGCUUGGCCGUAAGAAGACUAUCUUUAUUGGCCUUAUAUGCAAUGCUGUUGGUGCAAUUCUUCAAAUUGUUUCGUGGCAUUUGCCUCAGAUGAUUGUUGGUCGUAUCAUCAAUGGUUUUGGAAUGGGUUUGACAUCGUCAACUUGCCCUGUGUACCAAGCGGAGUGUUCUAAGCCCAGCAUUCGUGGCAAACUCGUCGUCGUGGGAUCUCUCUGCAACACUGCAGCAUUUUGCCUCGCCAACUGGAUGAACUACGGUUUAUACUUCCAGGGUGGUGCUUUGCAGUGGAGAUUUCCCCUUGGGUUCCAACUUAUCUUCCCGAUCGUUGUUGCUAUCACUCUCCUAUUCGUACCCGAGUCUCCGCGCUGGCUACUCCUCCAGGACCGCCACGACGAGGCUCUCAAGGUUAUUGCCAGGCUUACCAGCAAGAAUGCAACUAUACACGAUCAGGAGGUAACUGCUGAGUUCCUAUCAAUCCAGUCAGCUAUCACGCUAGAGCGGAAGGACAGGGUUCCUGUCAAGGAUGUGCUUAUGUGCCGUGACAAGACUCAGAACUUCCGUCGGCUUCUUCUCUCGUGCGGAACGCAGUUUAUGCAGCAAUUUUCUGGCGUCAACGCUCUAGGAUACUAUCUCCCUACAUUGCUACAGCAAAGUGUUGGUUUUGAUCAACAGAUGAGUCGUCUCCUGACAGCAGUCAACGGCACCAUCUACCUUGGUGCGGCGUUCUGUUGCUUGAUCGUCAUCGAUAUGGUGGGCCGACGCAAACUUAUGCUGUACGGUGCCACUACAAUGGGAAGUUGCUACUUAAUUGCUUCUAUGUGCCUGCACGCGGCCGAACAAGAUCCCUCAAGGAAGAAGAUUUUGGGCAACGUUACAACGGCUAUGUUCUUCCUAUACUACUUCUUUUACGGAACAAGCUUUGCCAAAGUUCCGUGGGUGUAUAACAGCGAGGUCAACUCGCUCGGAUGGCGUACCAGGGGUGCAGCCGCUGCAACCGCGACCAACUGGAUGGGUGGCUUCAUUGUCACACAAUUCACUAAAGUGGGUGUCAAUAACCUGCAUUGGGGUUUCUAUCUCAUCUUCGCUGUUAUUUGCUGGGCUUACUUCCCUGUCGUUUUCUGCUUGUAUCCUGAGACAUCGCGACGUACUCUGGAGGACAUGGACCAGAUUUUCAUCCAGAAUCCAUCGAUCUUCGUUUUCGGCAAGCCUGAUAUGACUCAGCGUGGUCGGCCGCAAAAUUUCAUUGAGGCAGAAGCACAGCGCAUCACUGAGGCAGAGAACACCAAGGUUGGACAGGAAGUGCUCGAGGGAAAGCUGCAAGGCUCGGAAGAGGACCAUGUUGAGCGGGUUUAA